GAGGAACUGAGCACGUUUGCUGUCUUACGUCGUGUCUACAUCGAGCGGGAUGAGGUGAAACAGAUUGCCAGUAUCUUACAACGAGGUGAUCGAAUCCACCUGUUUCGUGUUGGUGGCCUCAUCUUUCAUGCCAUUGGCCAGCUGCUUUCCCUCCCAGAUGGCACACUUCCACUCGCCGACUGCCAUCUUCCCUGUUGGCUAUGAGGCCACACGCAUCUAUUGGAGCACUCGGGUUCCCAACAAACGCUGUCGCUACCGCUGUCGAAUCAGUGAGCGUGACAGUCAACCCUUGUUUGAAGUGCGCGUUCUGGAACAUGGCAUGGAGGAUUUACACUACCAUGACACCAGUCCAGAAGGGAUCUGGAACUGUGUGGUUCAGCAGGUGGCUAAACUGCGAGAGGAGUCAUCCAUGUUGAAGCUGUUCACUGAACACGUGAAAGGAGAGGAGAUGUACGGCCUUACGGUUCAUGCCGUUAUGCGCAUCACAGAGUCGCUGCCUGGAGUGGAGAACUGCCAGAACUAUCAGUUUCGUUACGGCCGCCAUCCUCUGAUGGAGCUUCCUCUCAUGAUCAAUCCCACAGGCUGUGCUCGCUCUGAGCCCAAGGUCCCUACACACUGCAAAAGGCCUCACACCCUAAACAGUACCAGCAUGUCAAAGGCCUACCAGAGUACCUUUACUGGCGAGCUCAACACGCCAUACAGCAAGCAGUUUGUCCACUCAAAGUCUUCCCAAUACCGCCGUCUGAAGACUGAGUGGAAGAACAAUGUGUAUCUCGCACGUUCUCGAAUUCAAGGCUUGGGUCUGUAUGCUGCCAAAGACCUGGAGAAGCACACAAUGGUGAUUGAAUACAUUGGUACCGUCAUACGCAAUGAGGUGGCCAAUCGCCGUGAGAAGAUCUAUGAGUCCCAGAACCGUGGGAUCUACAUGUUCCGAAUAAACAACGAGCAAGUGAUUGAUGCCACACUGACAGGCGGCCCAGCUCGCUACGUCAACCAUUCUUGUGCUCCUAACUGCGUGGCAGAGGUGGUAACAUUCGACAAGGAAGACAAAAUUAUCAUCAUUUCCAGUCGCAGAAUCCCCAAAGGAGAAGAGCUGACAUACGACUACCAGUUUGAUUUUGAGGAUGAUCAGCACAAGAUCCCUUGCCAUUGUGGAGCCUGGAAUUGCCGCAAGUGGAUGAACUAAUGGGGAGAGCGUAAAAUGAGUAAAAAUUGCCCUGUCACUUGUGCCACAGCGCUUCUGCGCUAAAGCCUUUGAAUUCUACAUAGCCAGUGCAUAAGCUGUUCUGAACGAUGUGGAGGACGAACAGCCUCCAUUCAUGAACGACUAAAGUGUGAUACCUGUAGCCAAAGGUUUGAAGAGCAUUAACCUACCACAUGCACCAACAGCAGUGAAUUGCCCGUUCCCUCAGCCAGACACAAACCCCUCCCCCUCCCACUGCUGUCAAUAAGCUGGAAAACAAUCCUCAACAUCUACCAAAUGAUUCAGACACUAUCUAAUACCAGGACACAUAAAGUAAAGCUCAGCUGGAGCUGCAAUGAAAAGCCAUUUAAAAAAUACGAAGUAUGAACUAAUAACACAUUUUUAUGUUUUAAGUCGGACCUAUUUCCCACCACACCUCCCAGGAAAGGCACUUUCCCUUCAAGUCAUCAACGAAGACAAUGCGGAUCUUGGCUCGCUAGACAAUCUUGGUGUGGCUCUGUGUAAGAAUUACAAAUGAUGGAAAGAUGUAAGUAAAUAUAAAAUAUAAGAUGCUGAUGAUGUGUGGCUCCACAGGCACCUGUUGUUGUGUUUGUAGCCCCAAGAUGGGUUAGUUGGACCCAGUCUACCUCACUGAUUUAGCGGGAAGUGACUGCUUUGUAUAAAAACUGUUAACUGCUACUGUGGAAAGGGCGGGGGUGUUUUUAUGGGCUUAGCCUUCUCGGACAAGCAGGGAAUCUUAAGCAGCAGGUUUGCUCUAUAUGCUGAUGAUGAUUUACUAUGAGCCAACAUAAUUCUUAUUUAUACAGAGUAAAUAUAUGACAGUUUUGAUAUAUUGCAUUAAAAUCACAAUCAGAAGCUUAGUCCUGUGUGCCACCAAAUCAACCUGGAUUUUGAUGUAGCUUUUUAUUUUAUUUUUAAAUUCAUGCAUCUAAAAAACUGUGCUAUUAGCAGUGUCAAAGCACAACAACAUCCACAUGAUGAGUUGCUGGAAAUGAUAUGUGUGUGUGAAUGGCAGAUCACAGCCAAGUCUUGGACAAACUACACAUUAGCUUGUUGCUUUGUGCAUUGAAGUUCCACUUGGUGAAAAGUCACCAGUGGAUGUGACUACUGUCCCAUUUAAUGCUUUUAUUCCCUGACGACUUCACUCUUCAAAGCUCGGCUGUCUGAAUCACGCCUCUUCCUCUAUAGUAUUUCAUGGACUGUUAAACUUUUACUGUAGUAAGUCUUCCUCUGCCGGAGAACGCAGCCCAUGGUGUUCCUGCUUCCCCUGUACUGUGCUUCUCUGGUGGUCGUACUGUCCUUGAGGCUCAACUCGUGGCAGGGAAAGACUUAUUGGACAAAAGGGCAUUUCUUUUCAUUAUAUGUAAGAAGAAUUAGUCUUUAAAGGGAGCUUUUUCUAAAACUCCGCCUUCCCGUACUCCUCUGUCUCCUCCUUCCCCCUGAACCUAAGACCUCACAUGAUUUAAAAAUGCAAAAUUGUACAAACUGUAUAUAAGUAUAUGCAUUAGGGGACAGCAAAGCUCUUUAUCCAGCCCCUUUGUAAUCAAAGUCAGUGUAGAGAAAUAAAACUGAAAAGAAAAAAAAAAAUCAACCACUGGAUAUCAUUUUA